UUGUUCUUCACCCGAUUUUCAGAGCAUGGCACAAGCAAACAUUACGGAGUUCAAGAUCUUAGGCGUCCUUCAGCACUCGCAUGUCGCUGGUGUCCGCAUCACCACACGUCACUUCCGGGACGGGCGCGAGCUUCCGCUGCUUAUCACCGAUCCGAAUUACGAUUUCAACUUUCAGGACCUUCGGAAAUUACCGGAAGAGAUCGCCGUUCACCCAGGUGACAGCUUCAGAGUAGAUUGUCACUUUAACACCGUUGGAAAAACACAGCCAGUUUUGGGUGGUCUGACAACUAAAGAAGAGAUGUGCAUGGCGUUUGCCUACUACUACCCGAGAACACCAUUGGCAAACUGCAUGUCGUUGCCGAACUAUGGUAUAUGCGGUGUCGAUGCGGCAUCGAAGGUGCUUAGGAUGAAAGAGGAGUACAAGAGCGAUGCCAAUGCAAGGGCUGCCUCUGGAAACAUUCUGUUUUCACCCUGUCUUCAUCUGCAAACAGAAUCUUGA